CUCCAGGCUAGCCUUGACCUCGUCGACGCUCCUGCCUCAGCCUUCUGGGACUGCAGUCGUGCCCCACCACGCCCCCUUUUUCUCAGUACUUCCGAGUUGGAGGAAGAGGUCUGGGCCGUAGCGUGCCCCCGCCCUACCGCACCUAAUUUUAAGUCAAUCUGCAGAAAAGCCUUUCAGCUGAGGGUGUGGCUCAGCGGUACAGCGCUCUCGUGGGAGGUUCUGGGUUCCAUCCCCAGCACUUAAAAAAUCCUUUCCCACGGGUACCUGACAGGACUACGAACCACGUGGACGAGCUAGGGGAAGCUGAGGAAGGCGUGCCCCAUGCUUCAAAUCCCUUCUCUAGAAGCGAUGGGGCAGGCGUCUGUCAAAAGCCAGGAGCCGCAGCUGAGCUGAGAACGACACCAGGAAAACCUGCCCCACACCAAAAGGCCUGCGGAGAGCACCCAGCUGGUGCGGGUGUCGGGAGACAAACGUUCGGGAAAGGUGAGCAGAGAGGGACAGAAGAAACAACCCAGACGACUUUCCACCUUCCCCCAAGUAGAGCGCCGUAGGGAGGAGGCCGGAGAAGAUGGCGGCGUGUCACGUGAACACGCGAUGACGCAGCACGGCGGCCCGCACGGAAGCCCAGCCCAGCCUCACCCCCCACGCACAUUUACACUCAGUUUUGCACCAUCCCCCCCACGCCUUGCCCCCGGCCUGGUGUGGGUCAUGCCGCUUGUGGUAGUUCUGACUGCCGAGAAACGGUAGCCUAGGAUGGUUGGCUGUUAAGUUACACUGAUCUCCCUGCCCCGCCUGACCCCUGAGAAAGAGGCGCGCUCCCCGCCGCGUGAGGGGGUGGGGAAGAGGACAGCGAAUUCGGAUUCACCUGGGGGGGGGAGUGGAAGUUCCCACUUCCCCUCGGACAUUGGCGAGGCGGCAGCCACAGUCGAUUAUGGAAGAUUCCCACAAGAGUAACUCUUCAGAGACUGCACCUCAGCCAGUUCAGGGAGCGCAUAUUUCUCAUAUUGCUCAACAGAUGUCAUUAAGAGGAUCUUCACCAGUGACAAUUGUACCUCUUCCUGGAGAGCAAGUACAGGUUCAGGGGGUCAUCCAGACAGCUCAGUCUUCUGUAAUUCACCCACCACUCGUGCAAACGGUAUCAUCUUUAUCAGAAAGUGAGGAAUCUCAGGACUCAUCUGACAGCAUAGGCUCCUCACAGAAAACUCACGGGAUCCUAGCACGGCGCCCAUCUUACAGAAAAAUUUUGAAAGACCUCUCUUCUGAAGAUACUCGGGGUAGAAAAGGAGACGGAGAAAACCCCGGAGUUUCUGCUGUCACUUCUAUGUCUGUUCCAACUUCCAUCUAUCAGACUAGCAGCGGACAGUACAUUGCCAUUGCGCCAAAUGGAGCCUUACAGUUGGCCAGUCCAGGAGCAGAUGGAGUACAGGGACUGCAGGCAUUAACCAUGACAAAUUCAGGCAGUACUCAGCAAGGCACUAUUCUCCAGUAUGCGCAGACCUCUGAUGUACAACAAAUACUUGUGCCUAGCAAGCAGGUGGUUGUACAGACUGCAUCAGGAGAUAUGCAGACAUAUCAGAUCCGUACCACACCAGUUACUUCACUGCAACAAACUGUGGUGAUGACAUCUCCUGUGACUCUUACGUCUCAGACAGCUAAGACAGAUGACCCCCAACUGAAAAGAGAAAUAAGGUUGAUGAAAAACAGAGAAGCUGCUCGAGAAUGUCGCAGGAAGAAGAAGGAAUAUGUGAAAUGCCUGGAAAAUCGAGUUGCGGUCCUGGAAAAUCAAAAUAAAACUCUAAUAGAAGAGUUAAAAACUUUGAAGGAUCUUUAUUCUCAUAAAAGUGUUUGAUUCCUAAAGUAUUUUGUGGACCUGCCUAAAAAUUAGAUGGAUUUUUUUAGUGGAGUUUUAUAAAUUAAAAAGGUCAAAAGUGAAGCUGAGUUUAGGCUUGUGCCAUGCAGAGGCAUAUGUCUUAUUACAAGCGAUCUGGUGACAGAUAAUAAAGUGGAAGACGACCUCAAGGACACUGCCGGCACAACUGGAAGCUCUGUAAAAGUUAAACACACUGAACAGGAAGAAGAAAGGCGCUCUCAGCAACUCUAGUUUUCUAAAUAGUACUAAUUGUCAAUCCAAAAAUGGCAGAUAAGAUAAAAUUUGGUAAAUUGAAUGUUUUCAAGUAAAUCAGUUUACCCUCUAGAUUUGCAUUUCUUAAUGUUUCCUGAAACUUAACCUUUCUCAGUUAUAUGUGGUUGUGUGUGUGUUGCUAUGAAUAAAUUCUAAAUUACAAAUAUAAAAGAAAACCUAAUACAUUACUAAAUAUAUAAAUUAUGUGUUCUGAUUGAUUAUGUAUACUUGUUCUAUUGUCAAGUCUUUAAAAUGGGUUUUUAAACGUUUGUUGAACUUGAGAGUUUUUGAGACUGGGUUAACCAUUUUUGACGUUUUUGUCCUAUUGGGCCUCUAAGGUACAUGAAUGGAGUGUAGUGAUUUUAUAACAUUUUGUAUCAGAAUGGAAAGAACUGUUUAAAAGUUUGAUACUUUUAAGUAGUUUGGUUUUUGCUUACUCUGGUAAGGUUGAUUUUUUACAAAUAUGUAACAAAUUGGUUUUUUUGAUUCUACAUCCUGUAUGCAAGUUGAAAUAUCCAUUACUUAUCUGUUGUGCUUUGAUGGAAUGAAAUGUUUACAUAAGUCCUUAAAAUAUUUUUUAGAAAACCUAAAAAUGCAUACCAAAGUUUUUCCAAGAAGAUUUUAUAAUCAAUUUAAUGUAAGGUUUAUCAGGUUCUAAAAUAGCAGUUAUUGAGGUAAUUUUAUGUUAGAGACUAUUUUGUAAUGUAGUGAAUGGUACCUUUAUAAGAAAAGUGACUGCCAAUAUAUUUUUAUAGCUAAUCUUUAUAAAUUCUAAUGUUGAGUUUUUAAUGAUUGUUUUAAAUGUUUAUAUAGUUUAGUAAAAAAAUUUUGAUCUCAAAGUAUCAUUUUUAUAUUAUGGGAAGUAAAGCUUUCAGAUUGGCUGAGUUGAAUUGGCUAAGUUUUAUAAGCAGUUUAUUUAGAAGUUCAAAAUGUGGUCAGCAUACCAGUGUUUAACCUCUGUAUUCUAAUUUGUAUACAUUUUGAAACUAUAUUGCAAAACUGUUGUUUGCUUCUUAUAUGUUUCAUAGUGUUGUCUGAAAUUAAAGCACAUUUGAUAAAAUUAAGUUUGCUGAAUAUAAAAUAUAAUGCUUGAUAUAUGAACCACAACCUUUGUUAACUAUACUACCUUUAGUACAUUUUUAUUUUUUGGUGGGACUGGGGUUUGAACUUAAGGCUUUGAGCUUGCAAACAUUCACUCCACCACUUGGGCC